AUGGCUGUUCCAGGAAAGGUGGCAGCUUUCCGUCUGCCUCCCCUGCCAACUGUAGGAGAGAUUAUAAAACUUUUUCGCCUUAAAGCACAGAAGCAGCUUUCCCAGAACUUUCUACUGGAUUUGCGAUUGACAGACAAGAUAGUGAAACAAGCUGGCAACCUGAAAAAUGCUCAUGUUUGCGAAGUGGGCCCUGGGCCAGGAGGAAUUACCAGAUCCAUUCUCAGUGCUGGUGUUGAACAGCUCCUUUUAAUUGAAAAAGAUGCUCGAUUUGUUCCAGGGUUGCAGAUGUUAUCCGAAGCAGCUCCAGGAAAAGUGCGUAUUGUUCAUGGAGAUAUCCUGACAUACAAGAUGGAGAAGGCUUUUCCAAAGCACUUGAAAAGGAACUGGGAGGAUGAGCCACCAGAUAUACAUAUAAUUGGGAAUCUGCCCUUCAGUGUUUCAACUCCACUAAUCAUCAAAUGGCUCGAUAAUGUUUCCAAAAAGGACGGACCUUUUAUUUAUGGCAGAACACAGAUGACAUUGACUUUUCAGAAGGAGGUUGCAGAGAGGCUUAUAGCUAAUCCAGGAGCGAAGCAGCGUAGCAGGCUGUCCAUCAUGUCUCAGUAUCUCUGCACUGUUGAAAACUGUUUCGUAAUUCCAGGUCAAGCCUUUGUUCCAAAGCCAGAGGUGGAUGUGGCUGUGGUGCAUUUCACUCCAUUGGUGCAACCGAAGAUAGAGCAGCCAUUCGAACUAGUAGAAAAAGUGGUUCGAAGUGUUUUCCAGUUCAGAAGAAAAUACUGCUUCCGUGGGAUUGAGACCUUGUUUCCUGAAAGUGGACGUUUGAAAAGAACAGAGCAGCUGAUGAUGACAGCAAAUGUUGAUCCAACUCUGCGUCCUUUUCAGCUCUCCAUGUCACAGUUUAGAAAUCUGUGCAAUACAUACAGGAAAAUGUGUGAUGAUGACCCAGGUCUUUUUGUGUACAAUUACAGAGAAGAACUACAGCAAAAGAAGAGGAGGAAUUCACCUAAAAGUACAAAUCAGCCUGAACACACUGAAGAAGAAAAUCAGCUGUAA